AACAGUAGUACGACAAAGGCCAGGCUGCAUUUCCAGAGAAAAGUCCUAUAUGUGGAUGACAAUUCUCUCUGGACACUCGUGGCCCCGAGCCCUAUGCUUCAGAAUAGUCUUGACAACAUCAGAUCUUCUGCUGGGCUGGUCCGAGGUCUGCAAGGUCACCCAGCUGGCCUAUGGAGAAAUGGAAGGUAUAUAUUUAGCCUGGUGUGAGGCGAGUUGUGGAUAACACAUCCCGGGGCUCUCGGGUUUCGUGUUCAGAGGGUUUUUUAGCAGGUCCCGAGGGGCACUAGGAGGUACGUUGCAGCCCCCAAGUGUUAGAAGACUGCCGCCAUUUUUCCCCUGGCUUUCAGGAUCAUUUUGUGGGUGACCAGCAUCCUGAACACACCUCCCAGUUUCAGUGUGGCGUCUCGUUCAUUUCCCUUCUGUUCUGGCUGAAAGGAGCAGAGAGAGCAGUUCAGUGUCCAGCAGGUUGGAGAAGCUACAACACAUCUUUUACAUUGACCUAAGGAGGCUAAAAAGAACUUUGAGGAGCGCUGAGUUACUCUCCUCAGGUCUUGCUGUGUUUAAAGAAGAGCGAUAAUGGAUGUCCUGGCUUUGGAGGCUAAAGGUGUCAAGGCUGAAGCUGCGUCAACACCUGCUGCCUCUAAGUCCAGACCUAAAACACCCAAAAAAACAAAACGAAUUGUUUACUUCGAGGUGGAGAUUCUGGAUGCCAAGACCAAGGAGAAGCUGCUGCUCCUCGAUAAGGUUGAACCAUCUGCUACUAUUUUGGAUAUAAAGUCAAUGUUCCACAAAUCAAAUCAGCGCUGGUAUCCUGCCAGACAGUCGCUGUGCCUGGACCCGAAGGGAAAGCCCUUGAAGGAUGAAGACAUCCUUCAGCAACUGCCUGUAGGAACCACAGCUACCUUCCACUUCAGGGAUCUGGGAGCCCAGAUCAGCUGGGGGACAGUGUUCCUGACCGAGUGUGUCGGACCGCUCUUCAUCUACCUGAUGUUCUAUUUCAGACUGCCCUUCAUCUACGCCCCUAAGUACGACUUCACAACCAGCAAACACUGGGUCGUGCAUAUAGCGUGUCUGUGUCAUUCCUUCCAUUACGUCAAGAGGAUCCUGGAAACGUUGUUUGUGCAUCGCUUCUGUCAUGGCACCAUGCCGCUGCGUAAUAUUUUCAAGAAUUGUUUGUAUUAUUGGGUCUUUGCCGCCUGGAUGGCCUACUACAUAAACCAUCCGCUCUACACACCACCGCACUAUGGUGAGCAGCAAGUAAAGACAGCACUUGGAAUUUUUCUGUUCUGCCAGUUGGGGAGCUUCUCGAUCCACGUGGUUCUGCGCAAUCUCAAACAUCCAGGUUCUAAGACUAAGAAGAUCCCAUAUCCAACCAAGAAUCCUUUCACGUGGAUCUUCACAGUGGUUUCUUGCCCAAAUUACACCUAUGAGGCAGGUUCCUGGCUGGGCUUCACCAUGAUGACUCAGUGUGUUCCUGUGGCCUUCUUCACCAUCAUCGGUUUCGUCCAGAUGACCGUGUGGGCAAGAGGAAAGCACCGCAGCUACCUGAAGGAGUUUAAGGAGUACCCGACCCUACGUUCACCCAUUCUGCCCUUCAUCCUCUAGCCUUAACACACACACACACACACACACACACACACACACACACACACACACCUAAUAUAUCUGUACGCAUAUAACAAACGAGGACUGCGGAGGAAAAAAAUUCUAAUACUUUCAACAAAACAAAACAGUGUGAACAUCUGAAUUAUUCAGAUAGAUAAAAGAGUGAGACAUAAAACAAAAACAAAACUUGAAGCCUUAAUAAAACACUCAUUAUUGCAACACUUUUCAUUUAACAUAUUUGAUAUAUAAAAAUUUCCUACGGAAAUAGUAAGAGGUGUUUGACGGUGCAAAGUCUUCACAGGAUGCAUUUAUCGUAUCGCACAUGAAACGAUAUCAUGCUAAAAUGAUAUCACAAUAUCUUCUUCUUCUUCUUUCGGCUUCUCCCAUUAGGGGGCGCCACAGCGGAUCAUCAGUCUCCAUACCCCCUGUCUUCUACA